ACUCAAUUUCAUUCGUAAAUACCUUAUCUCUGCCUCUCCCAAUUCCCCCAAAUCUCUGUUAUCUCCAUUUCCGUCCAUAUAUUCUCGGCCACCGUGACACUUUGAUGGGAUUGGCCGUGAAGCACCCUAUGAUCGCCGCCAUGCUCCUCUGUUUCACGGCGGUCACCGCCCAGAACCUCAAGACUUUCACCGCUACAUACGGACCGUUCAAUUACACCUAUUUCGAUAUAUUCGGCCCAAAGAACUCAGCCAACAUGUCCAACGGCGUGCUCCAAUUGACUCCGAACUCAGCCUACCUGUCGGGCUCGUCGGGCAAGCCCCUCCAAAAUCAGGUCGGAAGAACGCUGUUGAAACGACCGUUCACGUUGUCGGAACCAGGUUACAGCAAAACAUCCGACAGGGUCGCCUCGUUCAACUCCUCCUUCCUCUUCAGCAUCAGCCCGCUGGGCCGUAAUACCACCCCGGGGGAAGGGCUGGCCUUCAUAAUAGCCCAGCCCUUCAAAUACUGGCUUCCGUCACAGAGCUUCGGCCAGUAUCUGGGCCUGACCAACCCCAACACCGAUGGCGACCCUGCAAACAGCCUAGUAGCCAUCGAGUUCGACAACGUCAAGCAGGAAUUCGAUCCGGAUGCUAACCACGUGGGACUUAAUAUAAACAGCAUCAAAUCUACUGUUAAUGCCUCUUUGACCCCAUUCGGCAUCGAACUUGCUCCAGAGGGCGAGGGCGAGGCCAGGUUUUACAAUGCCUGGGUCCAGUACGACGGGGUCAGUAAGGUCAUUGAGGUGUACAUUGCACGACAAGCCAAGCUUGAUGGGGAGACGCCCUUCAAGCCCGAUACCCCGGUUUUAAAAUCGAAUCUCGAUUUGGGAGAGGUUUUGAAAUAUCAGUACUCGUACUUUGGUUUUUCAGCAUCCACAGGAAAUAAUGUGCAGCUCAACUCUAUAUUUAGAUGGGACUUGACGGUGGAGUCCUUUGUGGAGGAACAUCCACCGUGGGAAAUGACUCCAAAUCCUCCUCAUUGGCAAAAGACUCUCCUUGUAGUCGGGUUUUCACUGCUUGUGAUUGGGGUAGCAGUGACGGGCUACUAUUACCUAUACAAGAAGCGAUCGAUGGCACAGUUUAAGUCCAACAUAUUACUGGGGGCCUUGAAGAGAUUGCCAGGAACCCCGAGGGAGUUCGAAUUCAAGGAUUUGAAGAAGGCGACAAACAACUUUGACGAGAAGAACAAGUUGGGCCGGGGUGGUUUCGGUGUAGUGUACCGAGGCCAUCUCCAUGAUGAAAAUCUGGAGGUGGCCGUCAAGUGGUUUUCUAGGGAAACCAUGAAGGGUGAGGAUGACUUCUUGGCCGAGCUCACCAUCAUCAAUCGUCUCCGUCACAAACAUCUUGUCCGAUUGCUUGGAUGGUGUUACAAUAAUGGGAAGCUUCUACUUGUAUAUGACUACAUGCCGAAUGGUUGUCUCGACGCACACCUAUUCACUAAAGCGCCAGACAUCAAGCCACUAACUUGGGAUCAACGUUACAAUAUCAUCUCCGGGGUGGCCUCGGCAUUGAACUACCUCCACAAUGAGUACGACCAGAAGGUGGUCCAUCGGGACCUCAAGUCUAGUAACAUCAUGCUAGACUCUGACUUCAACGCCCGGCUAGGGGAUUUCGGCCUCGCUCGCACCCUGGACAAGGAGAAGACCUCGUACUCAGAAGUCGAGGGCGUGGCCGGCACACUUGGCUACAUUGCGCCUGAAUGCUUUUUGACAGGUAAGGCCACCCAACAGUCUGACGUCUACGGGUUCGGUGUAGUCUUGUUGGAAAUAGUUUGUGGCUUGCGAACUGGAACAAGGAUUGGUGAGUUCCGCUUUUUGGUCGAUUGGGUCUGGUCCCUGCACCGAGAAGGCCGUAUAUUAGAUGCCAUAGAAGAGCGGCUUGGAGAUGAGUAUGUUGUUGAGGAAGCUCAGAAAGUGCUCGUUUUGGCUUUGGCAUGUUGUCAUCCGAUAGCAAGCGAAAGGCCUAGAACUCAAGCAAUUGUUCAUAUCAUAUCCGGUUUAGUUCCGGUGCCUUAUGUGCCACCAUUCAAACCGGUCUUUGUUUGGCCUUCGAUGCCUAAUCUGGAAGAUGAUGAUAUCAGCAGCCUUGGUAGCACGACGGAGACAGAGUCCUUUCCAACGACCCAUUUGGGAUCAGGCUUCACUCCGCAAAGCAUCAGUCGGGAGCUCUAUGCCAGGGACAAAUUUAAAUCUGUGUAGGUAGUUUCUUUUGUAAACUAAAACCAAUUAUCAUGUUUGAGUAAUAUAUUAUGGUUAUCAGCUUAUCUGUUAUGAAUAAUAAAUUAAUUGAAAUGUACAAUUUAAGA